GACGGGGUUGGCGGUUGGCGGAGCAGAGAACUUUUUGAAUAGCUGAAACUUAAUUUCGUGCUUAUGUAACCCGGACGCUCUUCUGCGAUUAAAGGGUCGUUGUAGCAGAACGUGAAUGCUGGGCUUUUGGUCUAAGAGAGAGUGUUAAGGAAAAAGUUAUUUCACGGAUGUUUCCCGCUGGUCAUGCGAUAUCAGGGCUCCGAAAUUCUUCUGUGUCUGGGCGGAGAACGACACUUAGAAAGAACGGCGUGCAUAGGAUUGUCCCACAAAUUGACAAGGAAGGCCAGGAGGUGUCUUUAAGAGAAACGUCUAUUUCACUUUCGGGAAGAGAUUUUGGCACAGAAUUAAGAAGUGCUCCUCAUAAAAACAGGGAAAGAAACACUACUACAGUUGCAUUAGGCGUCUGUAGCCUGAGUCUCACGUAUUUGCCAAGUGGAAUAUAAUCUGAUCCCAACUCUGAUGGAUUGAGGGACCAGCAACCACAGAUGACAGAGCUUAUUAACCAUGCAGCAGAUACCUUGCACACCUGAACUUCUUUAAACCUCACAACCGCCCUAUGAGAUUCUCUAAAAAGCGCAACAGUGAUGGAGUACAUGAGCACUGGAAGUGACGAUAAAGAAGAGAUCGAUUUAUUAAUUAAACACUUGAACGUGUCCGAUGUCAUAGACAUUAUGGAAAAUCUUUACACGAGUGAAGAGCCAGCGGUUUAUGAGCCCAGUCUGAUGACCAUGUGUCAAGACAGUAAUCAAAACGAGGAGCGUACAGAAUCUCUGCUGCUCAGUGGCCAGGAGGUGCCUUGGUUGUCCUCCGUCAGAUAUGGCACCGUGGAGGAUUUGCUUGCCUUUGCAAACCAUAUAUCCAACACGGCAAAGCGUUUUUACGGACACCGACCACAGGAAUCUGGAAUUUUAUUAAAUAUGGUAAUCACUCCCCAAAAUGGACGCUAUCAAAUAGACUCUGAUGUUCUCCUUAUCCCUUGGAAGCUGACUUACAGGAAUAUUGGCUCUGAUUUCAUACCUCGGGGGGCGUUUGGAAAAGUAUACUUAGCACAAGAUAUGAAGACUAAGAAAAGAAUGGCCUGUAAAUUGAUCCCAGUAGAUCAAUUUAAGCCAUCUGAUGUGGAAAUCCAGGCUUGCUUCCGGCAUGAGAACAUUGCCGAGUUAUAUGGCGCAGUCCUAUGGGGUGAAACCGUGCACCUCUUCAUGGAAGCAGGCGAGGGAGGGUCUGUCCUAGAGAAACUGGAGAGCUGUGGACCAAUGAGAGAAUUUGAAAUUAUUUGGGUGACAAAGCAUGUUCUCAAGGGACUUGAUUUUCUGCACUCAAAGAAAGUGAUUCAUCAUGAUAUUAAACCUAGCAACAUUGUUUUCAUGUCCACAAAAGCUGUUUUGGUGGAUUUUGGCCUAAGUGUUCAAAUGACUGAAGAUAUCUAUUUUCCUAAGGACCUCCGUGGAACAGAGAUUUAUAUGAGCCCAGAGGUGAUCCUAUGCAGAGGUCAUUCAACCAAAGCAGACAUCUACAGCCUGGGGGCCACACUCAUCCACAUGCAGACAGGCACCCCGCCCUGGGUGAAGCGCUACCCUCGCUCUGCCUAUCCCUCCUACCUGUACAUAAUCCACAAGCAGGCGCCUCCGCUGGAAGAUAUUGCAGAUGAUUGCAGUCCCAGCAUGAGAGAGUUGAUAGAGGCCGCCUUGGAGAGGAACCCCAAUCACCGCCCGAGGGCAGCAGACCUGUUAAAACAUGACGCCCUGAACCCCCCCAGAGAGGAUCAGCCGCGCUGUCAGAGUCUGGACUCCGCCCUCCUUGAGCGGAAGAGGCUGCUGAGCAGGAAAGAGUUGGAACUUCCAGAGAACAUUGCUGAUUCUUCAUGCACAGGAAGCACUGAGGAAUCAGAGAUGCUAAAGAGACAGCGUUCCCUCUACAUAGACCUUGGGGCCCUGGCUGGCUAUUUCAACUUUGUACGGGGUCCGCCAACACUAGAAUAUGGCUGACUGAUGUUACAUUUUCUCUAAAUAAUCAAGACUCAGCGUUGGUCUCCUGGAAGCUGGUCCUGCUGAGUCUACACUGGGGCUCUGGAUAACGAACUGUGCCAUUUGUUAGCUGGCCGUGUGGGCUCCCGUGACUCAUGAAUGUGACUCCACAUGGCUCCCAUGGGUUUGAUGUGUGAAGCCGCCCCGGUAGCUGCCAGGUCUAAAGGUUCUCAUUUCUCAGAUGGUAUGACUCAAAGGGAGCUGAGGGUUCAUGGCAGGAUCGUUUCUAGUGACUGAUUCCAUUCACUGUGCACUUUGCUCACCAUUUACAAAAUACCAACCACAAGGAUAAUGUGUUAGCCUGAAAUUAGCAUUCUUGGUUCUGAUUUAAGUACGGGAACUUCAUUUAACUCAGAAUAGUUGGCUUGUAUAUAUGGGUGUAUAUUAUAACUCCUCGAGCCUUUGUGGGUAGAUUCUAGUAUAAAUUAAAGUCGUCAUAUUUUGGGUGAAUAGAACAACUUGAAUCUUCUAGCAAUAAGCUGAACUGGUGUCUCAAAAAUGGCUCCUUAUUCAGGAGCCAUCUGACAGAAGCCACUAGUGACAGGUUCUGUUAUGUUCCUAUGGAAACAGUUUGUACUGUAUAUGCUAUGCUUAAAACAUUUAAAACAUGGUGUUUUGAAUGUGGAUAAAACUGUGUUAAACCACAUAAUUUCUGUACAUCCCAAAGGAUGAGAACGUGACCUUUAAGGAAAAUGAACUUUUCUAAAUUCUUAAUGAUGCUACUUUUGUAACUGUCCUGAACACUUCCUCGUAAGCAUUUGUAUAUUAAAAUAGCAUACUGUGUAUGUUUUAUAGCAAAUGCCUUCAUGAAUCUUUCUUACACGUACACAUAUUUUUAACACUGUAAUUACGUCAGUAUUCCUACCUAAAGUACGUUUUUACAUCAGGCAAAUGAAACCGGCACUUUUAUCCAGCGUGAUUGGUCAAAUCAACUGAAUAAACUCAGUAUUUUGCCUUAA